AUGAGCAUUACCAGUAUCCCACAACCACAUGAAACCAACGAACAACACCACACCGAGAUCCAACACCACCGGAGCGCAAUUCUCAAUAACGAUCUUGUGGUACUCAUAUCAAUUGCAUUUUCAGCCCUUCUGUACUUCAUCUUCGACAAAGACAAUUUUGAAAAAAAUCCCUGUCUCAGGCUCAUCACCACACUCUUCCCCCUUUCAUACCUAGCAGCCCAACAUCUCCUCCUGUUCCACACUAGCUGGAAGGGAAACAACAAGCCAGAGGACACUCUGCACAAAGCACUCCGCUACUUCUUCAGUGCUCUCUUCAUCACAUUUGCCACCAUCUUCAUUCUUUCAAUCAUUAUACUCACCAACGAUAAUUGGAGCAAAGACGAUGAUCCACUCUUCUUUUCUAUCGUCCUUCCCUCUUUCUUCAUCCCACCCACCUAUCUCCUCUCCAUCUCUUGCUCUCUUGUCCCGGGACAGACUGGAUUCACAGACACCGGCAUCAAUAUCCUUAUCGAUGUGUUGAUAUUAUUAUGCUUCAUAGUAAAUUUCAUAUUUAUGCAUGAAAAGUCCAAGUACCGUCUUUACUCUGCAGUAACAUUUCCCUUACUUGUCCUGGUAAGAUUACUCACGGAGAAAUACUAUCCAUCUGGAAAGAGCUCUCUGCCCACUACAACAUGGAGGGUAGUUGCUUUUGUUCUCAUAUUCAUUCUUGUUAUUUACACCUACACAGACAUGGGCUGUGAAGCCAUCCUCACUCUCGAUUAUUACUUUACCUACUUGACAAGGUAA